GGAUCAGUCGCCGGAGGUAACGGAGCGUCUCAGCAUCCCCGAAGCAGACCGGAGCGAGAGGGAACCUGCGGGGUGAAGGCGACCGAGGAUGGACCGUAUAAGCGAGGAGGCGCUGCGGCUGAACCUGCUAAAGCGAGGCCUGGACCCGGCGGAUGACCGCGCCCGAGCUCACGAGAACGUCCUGCCCAAGAGGCUGAAGGUCGAGGGUCACGAGGCCAUGGAGAGGCUAAAGAUGCUGGCGCUGCUCAAGCGUAAGGACCUGAGCGGCCUGGAGAGCGGCGCAGAGCCGCCGGGGGCCGCGCGGGCGUCCGGGGCCGCGUUACAGAGCUACGCCACCGCCUACGAGGAGAAGCUGAACGGCAGCCUGAGGGGGGCGACAGCGAGCCACUCGCACACGGGGCGCGGCGGGAAGGAGAACAUCAGCGACGAGCCGGUGGAUAUGAGCGCCAGGAGGAGUGUCAUGGAUAAGGAGCGCCAGACUCCGUCCCCGGACGUCAUCGUCCUGUCCGACAACGAGGCGUCGAGUCCGAAGGGAGCGAGCAGGGAGGAGAAGGUGAAGCCCGUGAACCUGGACAUGUUCAAGGGGAAGAGUGUAUCUGAGCGGCAGUGGGUGAUCAAGGCUUUGAGAGAGGAGCUGAGGCUGGAGGACACGCGUCUGGUUCUCCUGAAGAAGCUCCGACAGUCACAGCUACAGAAGGAGAACCUCGCCCACAAGGUUUCGGUGGUCCAGAGCGGCACCACGUCCGUUCACCCGUCGGCCCACAGCUCCCAGUCCAGCGCUAAACUCCCAGUCAGAUCGGCCCACACACACCACGGCUCAGACUCCCAGAACCUUCGUGUGGCACAGGGUCAGAGUGUGAUCCGCUCAGCGUCCAGUUCCUCCAUGCCCCAGAUGAUGAUGUCACAGCGAGUGGUCGCGCCGAACCCGGGUCAGCUGCCGGGCCACAGAGUGCCCAUCAAACCGGGCAGCAUGCGCAUGUCCACAAGUAGUGUCGGCUACCAGCAGGCGUCCAGUCAGCACAUCUCGGUGCCCCAGCGGUCCGGCUCCUCCUCCAUCUACAUGAACAUGGCGCACAUGCAGGCGGUGGGCGUGGCCGGGAUGACGGGGGCGCUGGGCGUUUCGGGCGUGGGCUCCUCCUCCUCCGGCUCCUCCGUGCAGGACGUGGCCAGCAGUCAGGCGGCUGCCAAACUGGCUCUGCGUAAACAGUUGGAGAAAACGCUGCUGGAGAUCCCGCUCCCCAAACCGCCCUCCCCUCUGCUGUACUUCCUCCCGUCAGCGGUGAACUCCGAGUUCAUCUACCUGCUGGGCCUGGAGGAGGUGGUGCAGAGCGUCCUCGACAGCCAGGGUAAGACAUUCCUGUCUUCCGGUCAGCUGGAACCCUUCGCCUGCGCUCAGUGUCGAACCGACUUCACCCCCCACUGGAAGCAGGAGAAGGGCGGGCGCAUCCUGUGCGAAACCUGCAUGACGUCCAAUCAGAAGAGGUCUCUGAAGGCCGAGCACACCAACCGGCUGAAGAACGCGUUCGUGAAGGCUCUGCAGCAGGAGCAGGAGAUUGAACAGCGGUUGCAGCAGCAUUCUGCGCUCUCCACCAGCCCCACAGUGUCCGCGGCAAGUGUGAGCAAAGCCGAGUCCAUGAUCCGACACCACUCAAUCAGACAGGCCCAGGUUCAGUCCCAGGUGCUCGUGCAGCGAGGACUGUCCGGUGCCAGCUCCACGGCGAGGGGCGUGCUGUCGAACUUCGCACAGGCCUCCCAGCUCACGCUGCCCGGCGCCAUCAUGAGCAUGGCCAGCAAACACUGCUCCACGUCCAGCGGCAGGUCACACGACGGCAGGCAUCAGCUGUACGGCAUUCCUGGAGUUAACAUCGCGUACCUGAGCUCCGGUGCUGUCGGGGGUCACAAGUCGUCCAGUUUAGCAGACAGACAGCGAGAGUACCUACUGGACAUGAUCCCUCCCCGCUCCAUAUCCCAAUCUAUUACUGGACAGAAAUAAGCCUUCAAUCGCACAAAACACACACACACACACACACACAACCUCACCAUGACAGGUUUGUUUCCUCCCUCUCUCUCUCUCUGUCUCUAUUUAAACACUUGCGUCGCUACACUCCCAGUUACAGUUCCCAGUUCCCAUCUGUGAACGGGUAGAAGCUUCAUCGGUGACGUCCAGUCAGUCUGCACGUAUGCAACCCUUCGUCCAUACCACUUCCCCCACCGACUCUCCACUCCACCAUCACUGUACGUGUGUGUGUGUGUGUGUGUGUGCACUUUCUGGUCCGGAUACGUUUCCCUUUUCAGCAUCUAUAUUCCGAACGUCCGUGUUUUCACAUGCUGGCAAUAUACAGGAGGUGACCGGAGACCGGAACCAGUCAGACUGGAACCAGUUUAAACCGACGUCUCGUCCCUGAAAGACAGGAUCAGUGUUUAACUCAAAUGAAGAUGCCUUAUACGACAUUAUACGAUAAUGUGUGGAACUCGUCACUCGUAGAAGACGCUGCACUACUCGCUCUCCGUUUCCUGUAAGCUGGCUGGCGCUCUUGUACUGGUUAUACUGGUCUGAGUGGGAUUUCUGUACAGGUUUGGUUAUUUUCCCAGCGCGCAUAAGCCGGUCGUGUUAAAUAUCGGCUGCGUUCACACUGCAAACGAACAGCCUACCUAGUGAGUAAGGUAGUAGUAAUCAGAAGGUCACUGGUUCAAGCCCCACCACUGCCAGGCUGCCACUGUUGGGCCCUUGAGCAAGGCCCUUAACCCUCAAUUGCUCAGAUUAUAUACUGUCACAGUACUGUAAGUCGCUUUGGAUAAAGGCGUCUGCUAAAUGAAGUCUAAACAGUCAGAUUAGAGAAUAAAGAGCCAAAGUAGCCACUGUUGGGCCCCUGAGCAAGGCCCCCAACCCUCAGUUGCUCAAAUUGUGUUUAGUCAUCAUUGUAAAAAGUCACUUUGAAUAAAAGCGUCUACAAAAUGCUGCAAAUGCUGACUCCGCCAACUUUGCGUUGUUAAUGUGUAAAUUAAUGACAUUAUGAGGCGGCCGAAUUAUAACUAAUGAAUAAAUAAAUGGCUCCUUUGUGCGGCUCCCAUCAGGGGGCGCCACAUUCAUUUUUAUCAUCUUACCCUCCUAUUGAUCCAGACUUGUGAUUUGCACUAAGGGUGCACUACUGUGUUCCCUCAAUAGCUAUAGGGAUUUGAACCCCCGGAACCCUGACCAUCAUAAUAAGGCGUCUAAUCUGCAGCGUGAACGCAGCCGUGAAUCUUACGCAUCUGUUUUUUUCCGUCCUCACACAUUCACGCACUUUAAGCACGCACAUUCGGUCGUGUGAUGGUUGCAUGGUGGUGCUUUUUUUUGGAAGGGGAGGGAGGGCAUAAUUAAAGUUAAAGUCUGUUGACUCUAAAAAAAAAAGUACAAUUUUUACUUUUAUUAGUUGGUUCUUUGAAUUUUAAAGGUGUGGAAUAGUGGAAUAUCUGAUGCACUGGCCCUUUAAAAAAAACUAAACAGUGCAAUGUUAACCCUGUCAUGCAUGAACUACAACAACAUGAAUCAAGAAUUUAUUUCCAAAAUGGUUUAAUUUUCCUUUCUUAAUUAAAUAUAAUUCAUUAAGAGUUAUUCAUGUGUCCACUCAGGUGUACAGCAUGUCUCUGAGUUUCACUGAGAGUGAUAUUUCAUUAACAGCCCAAUAAAUAUAAAUAAAUAAAUGUAUUUAGUAAAAUUAGUAAAUUUAUUAAGUAAAACACAAACUUUUAAUGAUGUACAACAAAAUGCUACCAUGUUUUAACAUGUACCUGCUAUGACAAAACAUAAAAAGUCCUCUGCCCUGUGAAAACAUGGCACAAAGGCACAAGAAAUGUCAAGCAAAUGUACUUGGUCUAUUAUGUGCAUAGAGCAUCUUGGCAUCGGUGUGCAUUUUUUUGUUCCUUAAUCUGAGGCCAGUGGGCGGCACGGUGGCUAAGUGGGUAGCACUGUCGCCUCACGGCAAGAAGGUCCUGGGUUUGAUCCCAAGGUGGGGCGGUCCGGGUCCUUUCUGUGCCGAGUUUGCAUGUUCUCCCCGUGUCUGCGUGGGUUUCCUCCGGGUGCUCCGGUUUCCUCCCACAGUCCAAAAACGUGCAGCCAGGCUAAGUGGAGACACUGAAUUGUCCUACAGGUACCUGGCCGCUAGAUGCACAAACCAGUGCAUUGUAGUGCCGGUCCCAAGCCCGGAUAAAUAUGGAGGGUCGUGUCAGGAAGGGCAUCCGGCGUAAAAACUGUGCCAAAUCAAUAACGCGGAUCACGAUCCGCCAGCGACCCCUAACGGGAGCAGCCGAGGAAAUAGAUAGAAUCUGAGGCCAAACGUUUUCUCAUCUUGGUACAAAUGGUACAAAGAACCUUGUGAUUCUCUUCUGUAUAUAAUCAGAGACUCAAAAAUUCUAAAUUUUAAUUUAAUACUAUUAAAAUUAGUGUGGUUUAUAAAAGAAAUCAGACUUGAGGUGUGUUUGGUUGAAAUGUCCCCAGAAUGCAUGAUGUCCAUUGUAGUGGACACGUGGUUAAUUGUAAUUUACCGCUUUAAAAAAAUAAAUAUUUGACCAACACAGUGA